AUGUCGGCCACCAAGAUUCAACAACCUGUUUACAAGGUGUAUGAGCCUGGGUAUCACUCACACCGGCCGAUCAUCUUGGACGAGCAGAUCGAGUCUCCUGAGACGCUGACCAUUCGGCUGGAGGAAGAGGCGGCCCGAAACGGCGGAGACCUCAACGGGGGAUGUGGCCCUGGCCUCCUACCGAUCCCCAUGUCUGCGUAUAAGCCCCAGCCGGCUCAACUGCACGGUUAUGCAGAUUCGACUUACCAACAGUACCCGUCGUCAUCCUUUCAAAACCAACAAACAGAAAAUGCCCCGUCACAGCUCAGUCAGAUGGCCUUUGCCGCCAACAACGCGGCCGCAGGACAAUAUCUGACAUCACAAGUACCGUCUGGCAUCAACAUCGAUGUUCUGUCGUGUCAUCCCAGCGACGGAUCGACGGACACCAAAGUUACCGUGAAAGCAACUAGCCAGUACAACCUCCUGGGCAACGGCGUGGCAUCACCCGCACCAUUUGUGUCCCUUGUUUUCGGAUCGCAGCGGUGUUCGGCUCACGUCUCUCGGGAUUCUCGAGAUGCAAAUGGUGUUUACACGUACACACUUACCGCAGCGGCUCCUCAAUUUUUGACGACAGGUUGCCCGUCUCUGAGCAAUGUUCCCAUAGCACUGCUCGUGGAAAACGCAAACGGAGAAGAACUGGCCCGGAUAGGAAAUGUUGGUGUGUUUUCCUACCAUGAUGCGCAAGGCGGCGCGGGAAGUGGUGCUGCGGGAGUUGCAGUACCGGAUGACAGUAGCCCGCCCGACCUUGGGUCUCCCAAGACCCGAUCACCUGUCCACCGAGGCAGCCCACCACAUCAGGCCUCCCAACCACGACGAAAGUCGGACGAGUCAACCACACACCAGGGUCUGGGCGAUGACACAUCUACAAAUACGUACGGAUUCUCAACCGCCGUCUCGGCCGCUGGUGCUCCAUCCCAACAGAUGCAGAGCCAAACUCCAACCCAUACGGACUUCACUUCGGGGGCAACGGGAGCCUACAACCCGGGUAACAGCAACAUGUUGUCCUCCUACCGCAGCAGUUCCUUCUCGGACCACUACCCACCACGGCAACAAUCGAUGCUCCGAUCGCCACACAGCGCCGGGUGGAUGUUUGGGAGCCCGCUUGACCCACUGAGGGCGUCGACUUCGUCCCUGCCCCAUGGACCGGUUUCCCGGUCCAGCUUCAGUGGUCUCCCACACUCUGCAUCUGCUGCACCGCAACUUAUCCGGACCAGCACUCUUGCUCAGCCGGCCAGUGGCUACCCUGGGUAUGGCGUUUACCAAGAGAAGGCGAGCCUGAAGAUGGUUGGGGAUCUUAGUGCCAUGGCCGAGGGCUGGACCCAUGAGGAAUGGGAGAACAAGCGAAGACUGGUCUUGUUCCGGAAACAACAGACGGGGAGCGUCCUCACCGUCAGCUUCAAGCCGGUCAGCGCCGCAGAGCGACCACCCCACAGUAUCUGCAUCAGCUGCAUCUGGUGGGAAGAGAAGCAGGCGUGCUAUGUCACGUCUGUCGACACCAUCCACCUUCUCGAGCAGCUUCUCGCCGCGCCCAGCCGGUUCGGAGUCGAUGAGAAGAACCGCAUCCGCCGCAACCUGGAAGGAUUCCGCCCCGCGACGGUCAGCAAGUCACGACACGAAAGCGAGGAGUUCUUCAAAGUCAUCAUGGGGUUCGGGAACCCGAAGCCGCGCAACAUUGAGAAGGAUGUCAAAGUUUUCCACUGGAAAGACCUGUCGGGCGCGCUGUACAAGAUUAUUUCCAAGUACAGCGCUUCGACCACCACCGUCAUGACCCCGACCACUUCGCCACAUGUUGCCUCGACACUCGGCCUUGGCGGAGGCUACCCGGCAUUGCCCCCGACACCGGUUUCAACCACGUCCAGCGCUGCGCCCGAGACUGCGGGUACCACAAGCUAUGUCGGUGGCCCAGGACACCACCACGCUGACUCUCUCAUGAGUCCUCGGACACUGUCGGCAGGCCAUUCGUCCUGGGGCGGUAGCUACGGGCCCAGCGCCAAGGCACUAUCGCCGGCACUCAAGUCCAGUUCACCGGCUGCUGGGUCGAAUCUACGGCUGUCGACCACCCUCCCUGUCGUCUACGAUCGCCGUGGAUCAUCCCAGAGCCUGACCUCGCCAUAUGGGCUCUCUAACCCAGCUUCACACCAACCACAAAGUACACAUGCUCACCAUGGGCAGCCGGGCAGCGGAGCUUACGGGCAACAGUCAGGUGUUGCCGUGUCGCAGCAGCCCCAGUCUCGUAACUGGGAUAACUACUCCGUCGCAGACGGUUAUUCCGGGCAGGCCGGCAGCGGUCCAAGCCAUGGCCAGGUGUAUGGCGGUGGAGGUUACGGGGACGGGGCAUCGCGCGUUUGA